CCUCCACGUGUGUGACAAAUUAUUCUUUCAUAAUGAAUAAUUUAACUGAACGGAAACACUCUCACACAGAAGAGAAGCCAUAUCGUUGUAUUAUCUGUGGUAAAUCAUUCUCUAAAAGUGGUGACUUGACUAAACACAAACGUGUUCAUACAGGAGAGAAGCCAUAUCAGUGUGAUAUCUGUAGUAAAUCAUUUUAUCAAAGUGGUGACUUAACUAGACACCAACGCAUUCAUGCAAGAGGGAAACCAUAUCAUUGUGAUAUCUGUGGUAAAUCAUUCUCUCAAAAAGGACUCUUAUGUACACAUGUGAGUAUUCAUACACAGGUGUAACUGUAUCAAUAUCAAAAUUUAUUACAACAGGACAACAAUUAUGAAUAUUUUGUCUGCUAAAAGACAGGGUUUAUUCCUCUUCAAGCUUGACAUUAUCAACUUCAGUUUCUUGGAUGUCAA